UGUCUUUGCUUCGGUCCGCAUUGACGCUGGAUGUAGUAGCAGAGUUGUUUUUGUGAUAACAGAUUUUAGAUUUCUGCAGUUUUGUUGAGCAAUAGCAAGCCCUUUUGUGUGGUUUCUAUUUUAGUAGGCCAGUAUGUUGCUUUGAAAUGAAAGGAUUGGAUCGAACUAUGAACCAUAUACCAGUGCUCUUGUGGGUUUUCCAGAAAUAUACAAUUCUAUAAAAGGAAACUGUACUUCUAUGCAUGAUUAUACUUUGGGUAUCCCUGAAUUUGGCUACACAUUUUGCAAGGAAGUUCUGUCGACAGCAGUUAGCUGGUACUGUAGUGAAGGCAUUAGAAGUCUACUACAAUGAUUUUGGAUGUUUACUUUACACUCGCAAUAAUGCAAUAUCUCUAUGUUUGAUGAGUGUAAUAAUACAUGCAGUAGUGUAUACAGCUCAUGACGCUACCAAUAACUUAAGUUUACUUGGUAGGCACUUGUAUCUCGUGUUUUAAUCAAAGUUGAUCAUCGCAUUGUUACCGUAGCAGUACUGCACCCAAGUCAUUGAUCCUUAGAUAUUUUGAGAGUUUAAUUUUCAACAAAAGUAUUUUUAAUGUUGUGGGAGGACCACCACUAUCUCCACUUUGUUUAUUAAAAUUUGAUAUUUCUUCAAGUAUGAGUUCUGAUGAUGAUGAUAGUUUGUACGAGCCCCGUCAUAGGAUGUCCGUGCCGUCUCGGUUCCUGCGACCGUCUCGCUCCACUUGGUACUCCUGUAGCGUAGACGAUCUGGACAGUCUAUGCUCUAUCGAUUCCAUUGAAAGGGAUGACCCUUUCAUCGGUCAUGAAGCACGAAGUCCGCCAGUUGCACAAGUCUUGCCAAAUACUCCGAACAAAUCACGUACAUUAACGACAAAUAGACCAAUUCAUGAACUCGCUCACGAACCAAAGAACCUAUUCCAACGUCAGGAUGUAAAAUAUCCGCAGAGGACUUACGAGCCAUAUAGCUCUCCAACCAGAUUGAAAGAAAUGAACGCUAUUGAUUUGUCGUUUGCGGAUCAAACAUAUGGAAUACUUAAUGAGGAAGAUACUCUGCAUCAGUCAGUUUUAUUGGAAGCAGAUACCGAACUAAAGCGUAGAGAAAAUAUCGCGGUCGGUACCGAAGAGUUGCGAAGCGGCGGAGUUGGUAGGGAUUCAUAUGUUGAGUUAUCCGAUCGUAGGCAUAGGGAUUUUGAACGUACUAAACCGUCUAAUAUCGCGAUUGCGACAUCAUACAGUCAACCUUUACCUCGUCCUCCGAUAUCUGUAGGGGCCGAGAUACAGGCUAAGCCUUCCUAUCUGACAACAGAGAAUCAUGACGGUGCUUAUUAUACGGGAGGUUUGUCCACUGGGUAUGGCGCGGGCAAGUCAUAUGAUCUGCAGUCAUGGCAACAGCAUAUGACACACCAGCAGACAAACCCUCACCUUCAGGCGCAUCUGGAACAUCUUCAUCUGUCGAGUAAAGGAUUGAAUACUGCGUUGUCAUCGCUAAAUCUAGGGGGCAGUAACCCAAAUUUAAAUCAGGAUAUUGGAUCAAUUCAAGAACCUUCACGGCUGAGUGCUGUAAUUCGGGCCAAGGAUAACAUUCUUCAAGAGAAAAACAUCAUCAUUGAUAAGCAAAAAUUAGAGUUGGCACACUAUGAGGAACAGAUAAAGGAACUGAAGUUGCAGGAUCGUCAUCGGCAGUAUGCUCGAGCUUCGGAGGAAGGGGACAUGAUGCUUAUUAAGAUACAGGAAUACCAAUAUGAAGUGAGUUCUUUAAAAGCUCAGUUGGCUGAAGUUUCAACAGCCAAAGUAGCUGAGGUGGAAAUAUUAAACAGAACAUUAGGUGAACGGGAAUAUGAAAUUGAUCAACUUAAGAAGUCUAUUAAAGAUGCUACUGCCAAUAAAACUAAAGAAGUUGAGGACCUUCGAAAAAAGCUCGUUUCAAGGGAAUCAAGAACCGAGGAAAUUAAAGGGAAGUUUGAACGGUUACGAGAAAAGUAUGAGAAAGCUAAACGUAAAGAGAGUAGUUAUAACAGCUACCUGCAAGAACUGCCUACCAUGAAGGAUCAUCGCAACAAUGUAGAAAGAUUGAAAAAUUUGAAAGAGAAAGAAACGUUACUGACAGAGAGGAUCAACCAUUUAGAAAGCUCACUUGCAGAAGUACGGAAGGCCAGUCGAGGCAAAGACACGGAGUUGAGUGAACUUCACAUGUCUGUAGAAAGUUACAAGGAGGAGAUCAGUAAAUUAAAGAUAGUGAUUGGUGCAAAUGGAGGAAGUGAUGUAGAAAAUCUGAAGCUGUUUAAAGAGAAGGAUAUCGAUGAAUUGAGAAAGGAGAAUGAUGUUCUGCGAAAAGAUGUCAGUCGCCUUCAACAGCUUGUUGACAGCAAACAUUCAAAACUAAGAAGCAUGCAUGAACAGACUAAGGAUAAGUUUAGGUCUUUAGAAGGGAGGGUAGAGCAGGAGGAGAGCACGGUGCACUCACUGAGAGAGGCACUCCAGACAAAGGACAGAGACCUAGAGAAAAUGCAAGAAUCAAUGAGACAGUUGGCGGCUCAAAGCCAAGAGAUGUACGAGCAUAAUCUGAAUCUGACAGAGAAAUGUCAGGAACUUGAGAAGGCUGUGUCACAAGAUUACAUUGAGUACAGUCAGCAGCUUCUGCUGGAGAUCUCAGCUUGCGUGACAGACCUUCAGUGUCUGGUGCAUAUAUUAGUGGAACAAGCAGAAGGCAAGGAACCCAACAUGUCUAUGCUACUGGGCGUCAAAUCAUUACCAUCGAUGCUUGACUCUGACGGAGAUGCAACCAGUACCAGCAAGGAAUCGAUGAAGUCUAAACUGAAACAGGUUCAACAUUUACAGGCAGACAUCGACAAGCUCCGCUCCAUGCUGUCCGACAAAUACGCUGAAGACCUUGGGGAUCAGUGUGUAACGCACUGAAGAGUGUUGUAAUCACUCUCACUAACAUUGGCAGUGGCAGAGGUUAUUCUGUAACAUACUAAAGACUUGCUCUUUGCUGGUUAACUCAUGUUGUCACAGUGGCAGAAAACAGUGAGCUUACUACUUCCAUGUAAAUUCAAUCAAGACUUUAUAGUAAUUAUUCAUUGGUUUUUUAUGAACUGAGGAGCUUAGUCAUCUUUGUGUAACACCAUGUUACUGUAGCGAACAUCAGUUUGCCUAAGAGGAUCAUAAAAUUCAUGAUUUUCAUUCAUGAACCCUCUGAAGACACUUGUAAUUGCUGUGAAUGUAACACAGUGAUGUCACAGAGGCAGAGAUCAAUGAGCUACAGUAUCCUGCAUCCGUGCUACAAGACAUUCAUUCAAGACUUUAGUGAUGAUUGUUCAACUCACUGAAGACUGGUCAUUCUUUAUCUAACCUUGUGAUGUCACAUUGGCAGAGAUCAUCAAGUCCAGAUUCAUGCUGUCCAGACAGAUUUAUCAAAGACUUUGGGAAUGAGUAUGCAGCACAUUGAAGAUAUUGGUGAUCUUAGUGGAUUGCUGUGUUGUCAGAGAUGAAUUUUUAUAACACUGAAGAGUAUGGUCCUCUAUUUGUGAAACAGUGAUCUCACCGGGGCAGAGAUCAAUUUGUUUAUUCAUGUUACCAGACAAUAGCAAUGCAUAAAAUUGGGAUGUCACAUUGGCAGAGAGCAAUAAACUUAGAUCCAUUCUGUCCAACAGAUACAAAGUGAUCACUGCAUUCAACAGAAAUGUAACAUGUCUCUUUGUUGCCCUUUGAACCUUGUUUAAAAUGGCUGGUUAUUUUUUUUUUUUUUCUUUUUUGGGGAAACAUUAUAUUUAAAUGGAUUUUAAUAUUCUAUAAAUCUAUGAUAAACAGUUUGAUUAAUUCAUUUAUGUUUAUGUUGAACAAAAAUCGUUUUAUACCAAAACAAUAACAUUGGCAAUGUUUAUCCAUAUGAGAUAUUUAUUAUUGUUGUUUUUAUUUAAUUUAUUAUAAUCGGUAUUAAUAUUAUUUAUUGACCUUUAUCAAAAAACAUGGUUUAUUAUGUUGUAUGUAUAUCUCUGUAUGCUCCCUUGAAAAUUUAAAGAUACCAACAAAAUACUUAUAUUAAAAACAAUAUGCAAAAUUAUAUACAUAAGCUGGGAAUUGUAGUGUAAAAUGUGUGUAUGUGUGUACGGACAGAUUUAGUUAUGAGAAGAAUGUUGGUGUUGGGAGAAUGUCGGUGUUGGGAGAAUGUCAAGUGCGUAUAGAGAAGGUCUAUGUGUGAUAUACAUUAGGGCGUAUAUGAUGCAUCAGGGUGUAUGUGGAUUUCUGUCGGUGGAUCUUCGUGUUGUGUGGCUGGAUAUUUCUGUGUGUGUGUCAGAGUGUGUAUGGUUUUGUAUCAUGGGGGAGGAUAUGUCAGGUUUUGUAUGUUUAAUGGAAAAUACCGUAAUAUAGUUAUGUAGUAGUUAUAGAUUCUUUCUCGAUAUGUCGCAAUUUUUAUAACUAUCAGUAUUUUUCUAAAAAUCAUCUUGUGUGUCAAAUAUUUCCUAUACAAUCUGCAGAGUUUUUAUAAAUAUUGAAUGUAAAACAUGAAAAACAACUCCAUAUACAAUCUUGAUAAAUUAAGUUUGAAAAAUAUUCUUCAGAAUAUACUACAGUAUAAAAGUGAUAUUUAUUAAUAUCAAUAACAUUUAAAAUGAAUUAAUCAAAUAUAGGUCUUCUAGAAAAUGAAAUAUGUUAUUAAUUAUCAUAUUCAAGAUUGCCUUGAUUGUUCUACAUUUAAUUAAAUAAUGAGUACAAGUAUAAUGUCAUUAAACUCCUUUGCCAUGCUUGCAUUUACUUUAAAUACUGCUUUUCUGCAUCCCCCACCAAUAGAGGAUGCUGUUGUAUUAACCUGACAAUAGAGGGGGCUAUCACCCAUUUCCACUUUGUCUUAAUUGUACUAAAAUGACAAAUAGUUUACAUGUAGAACUUUCAGUUUCAAUUUAUUUUUUGAUUUCUCUUAAAUAUAAACAUACUGGGAUAUUCAUUUUUGAUGAGCUGCACUGUGAAAUGUAGCCACAUUUAUGUGUAUAUUAGAAUGUAGUAUAUAUAUACACUACAUAAAGAUUGCUGCUAUAAUAUUACAAACUUUUUCACUUAUUUUAUUUUAGAACUAUCAGAACUAGAAAUUUACGCAGUACUUUUCUAUUAUAGGCCCAUACAGUACAUACAUGUUUGUUGUAUAAAGAUAGAUAUUGGUAUAUUUAAAAACAUAAAACUAUUAAAAAAGGAAAAAUAUAUCAAGAUAUGAGAUAUAGAAUAUGUUAAUGUAUGUAUAUGUGAGGUGUGUUUUGAGACAAUUUAUGAUGUCAAUAUAAUUAAAUGAAAUUCUCAUAUAAUCAAAACAAAGAUGACAAACAACGGAAUAGAAUAAUACAAUUAGAAGAUGGUAACUUUUUGUGGCCUGCCAUCCCAAACCAGCAUGUUUGUCACUAAAUGUUAAACGGAGUAUUAGCAUAAAGAAUGUUGGAGUAUAAUUGUAUACUUCAAUACAGAGGAGCCAUAAUACUUUUUCUCAUAACUUUGGCAGUAGUAAGUCGAUUUCAGUAAAUGACCUAUCAUUUUAAUAUUUAUAGUGUGGAGAAUAUGAAUGUACUAAAAACUCAAUUUUCUUGGUUUGAAAACUAAUGCUGGUUUUGGCAUGGCAAGUGCCAUUUGUUGAAAGCAAAUAUGAACUUACAAAUUAGAAAGAUGAACUUAACUUAAAAAGAUUCAUUGGUUGAUAGAAAACUGGAGCUUUAUACAGUGGUACUGUAAGAGGUUUCAAAAAGGGUGUUUUCCUUCAUCGGCAGCGGCAAACAAAUCUCUAUUCAAGUUUGAAAUUGUUUAAUUUAGAGAUUGGCUAGCAUAUGGAUAGGGAAGGGGUGUAAAAACCGUUCUUGUAAUUUGUUGGUUACUGUAAUUAGAUGUAAUUAAAAAAUUACUGUAUUUGAAUGAAAUUUGAAAACAGUUCUUUUGAGGGCUUUCACUUAUCUUGUGUGUUCAUAUAUUUCUUUGCUUUCUAUUGUCCUAAUUAAUAUAAUGAUCUAACCAUUUGUUUUGCUACAGGGUAACUACCUGUCUGGUGCAAUAUUUAUUUACAUUGUUUGGUUCAAUUCGCGUUAUUUUUUUGACUAUCUCUUAGUUUUGUUUUGAAGCAUUCCAGUUGAAAAAGAAAAUGUGUUGAAAAGGCUGUAUAAUAUCUUGCAUGUGUGUUAAAAAUAUCAUUAAGCUUUAUAUCUAGAUUUUUUCUGGUUUCUUUCCUUAUUUAGUAUGCCUGCAUACAAGUAUAGCAGAUAGAAUUUAUGAUCACACUGUUCUCAAAAAUGUUUGCUAAAUACAGAAUAUUGAGCAAUAUUUGUAUAUUUUUAGGGCACUAUUGGAAAAUAGUGACCUAAAAGAACUAUUAUUGCCUUAAGAAUUCAAGUUAUUAAUUUUGUUUUUUGUUAUAUUUAAUAUUUUUAAUAUUGUAAGCUUUCUGAUUUGUUUGAUGUGCAUGUUAUAAUAUUAGUAAUAAUAUAAAAUGAGGGUAUUUUAUUACUAUUAUUAUUAUUAAUGAUAUUAGUAGAGAACUUAACCGAUCAGAUUUAUUUUUCAUGUAUUUUCUUUAGAUAUAUACAUUCUAUUGAAAUGAAUAAAGAGUUGUCAUACAGGUUA